AUGGCAAGCAAUCAAUCGGAUCGUUCUAAUGAUUCGGGCACGGAUGCUUCAGCGGAUCAGACAAACGCUGACAGAACGAAUGGGGACGGACGCCAAGCCCAAGGCAGCACCCAAGGAGAAAGUGAAUCGGUUCCUCAAGCCUCUGUGGCAGUUUCAGUGGGCACUCUGAGGGUCUCGAAUGGUUCUAUAACAGGGGAAGAAUACCAGCAGUACUAUGACUAUGGCCAAAGUGACAAAAAACCUAAUGGAGCGCAUUGA